AUGAAUCGGCAUGUGCCAAGCAUGCGUGGGAUGCUGCGAGCCUCUUCUCUGCACGGUCACCUCGCACAUGCUCCGCACAAGCUGAAGACCAUUCAGUCCUUCAUAACGCGGCUCCAGGUGUCGCUGGCAUCUCCUGAUGGCCUGACGCUUCCACACAUGGUGCGACCGUCCAAGGUCAUCAGGAGUGGCCCCAUCCCUCUUGCCAUUUUAAUCGCUGAUCAGUGGACGCCUCACACUGGCAUCGUCUUGGAGCGCUUGGAGUCUGGGACCCUUGUAGUUGAUGUGGGCUGUGAAGUGAAUGGCGUGCUGCCCGCCGCGGGGUACUUCGCCAAUGAUGUGGAAGAGCUGACCAAGCUGUCGCCCGGUGACCGCGUCACAUGCUAUGCAUGCUGCAAGUACCCAGAAAGCAAGAAGCUCUUCCUGAGCCUGCGUCGCAGAGACAUCCCGAGGGAGAGGUGGCGGAAGGUCAUCGCUGAUGGGCAGCGGCCCUAUGCAGGAGUUGUGCAGCGACGCGCGCCCUUCGGCAUCUUCAUAGACUUGGGAACUGAGGUUCCAGGCCUCCUUCCGAACGCGGCGCUGCCCGAAGCCUUGCAAUCUGCCGAGGUUGGCGAUCCCAUCACGGUCUACGUCGUCAGCAAGCGUCCAGACUCGGGGAAGAUUGACCUGGAUACAAGCCCACGAAACCAAGCGCUUCGGCGAUGGGUGGAGGUCACGGGAGAUGGGCACACUCCGCACAAAGGCAAGGUGAUUGGCUUUCUGGAAGGCCGUGGUGCAUUCAUCGACAUGGGCUUCGAGCGGCCGGCGUUGCUGCCUCUUGAGAGAAUCGAGGAGGCGCAGACCGAUGUGAAGUGUGGAAGUGAACUCUCGGUUUACAUCACAGACAAGCAGAGCAAGUCCGGCAAGGUCACCGUGGCAUUGGUGCCAUCACAGCUCCCAAGACGUAGCUGGGAAGACAUAAUUGCAGAUGGCCAGACGCCCUAUGAUGGUGUCGUUCGACGUAUAAUGGAAUUUGGAGCGUUGGUCGAUAUUGGAUAUGACUCCCUCUGCUUUCUGCCGAACGCUCAGGUGCCAAACAAGUCUGCGGCCAACACCUUCAGCAUUGGUCAACCGCUAACGGUAUACGCAGUUCAGAAGCGGGUAUCUACCGGAAGAGUGUCCCUUGCACUGGAACGCCGUGCCAGACCGCUGGAACCCUUAGAAGACGUCCCCUGCGACGGCCGCAGCCCAUACCGUGGCAUCAUACGCAGUAUGAACGAGUUCGGUAUCUUUGUCGACUUCGGCUGCUCGGUCAUCGGUAUGCUGGAUGAAGACCACAGUGACGCAGCCUUGAUGCAGAAGCAAUCAUCGUUGAGAACCGGUGACGUCAUCACAGUCUACCCAAUCUGCAAAGAUGUAGGCAAUGGCAGGGUUUACCUCUCCCUGAAGAAGCGUGAGGUGCCCAUUCGCUCUGUCUGGGAACUAGCGGCCGAUGGACAAACUCCUUACCUGGCACGGGUGGUCUCCGUGCAUGGCAAGGACUGUACGAUGGACCUGGGGGCAGAUACCCGGGGCUUGCUGACGCGGUCCACAUUGUCCACAUCACCCCAGGAGGGCUUCAGAGAGCUGGAGAUAGGAGAUGUGGUUCAGGUGUACAUACAGCGUCGCAACUCCACAACCGGUUCGCUGACUCUGUCAUUGGCGCCCUCGCCAGUUCGCAGGAUAAGUUCCGAAGAGAUUCUGGCAGAUCUUAAGCGCGACAGCUCAAAGGUGUACGAAGGAGAGGUGUAUUGCGUACAGCACGGCCAUAUUUUCUUGGACAUAGGGUCGGAGUUGGGGGCUGUGAUGCCCGACACAGUUCCGCUGCCCUUCAUCUGUCAUGUAGGGGAUCGCGUCCAUGUCACGCUUUCUCAGCAUGACCCACGGCGCGGUAGACUGGUUGCUGCCCCGGCCGAGAUCCAGCCCCCGCCGAGCCUGGAAAGCGCCGGCGAGGCAGGCAAGGGCAUCAAGAGCCCCAAGGACGGCGAAGUGACGGCGGAGUCUUCGGCAACUGUGCCUACGACUUCAACGAGCACGUGGAAGGAGCCGCACUGCGCAGGAGCCAGCGUCCGGCCCGAUGGGCCCCGGGAUCCCCAGGAUGCCAAUGCAAAGGGCCGCCUUCAGGAGCUGGUGCAGAAGGCGACAAAGCAGGUGCUGAAGCGUGGUGACAUUAUCUACAAUACUCGCAGGGAAGGGCUACUCUUUUCGGCUGAGGUUCGGCUCAAGGAGGAGCUGCGGAGCUUGAUGCCACGCUUUUCGGAAGCAUUCGAGGGCGAGGCCCGGCAAACAAAGGUGCAGGCAGAACACAGUGCGGCGCGGAAUGCUUUGGGCCACCUGGAGAUGGCAAAUGAAGCACGUGGUCUGGCGGGGCUCAUGUCGGGCUUUGUGGCAGAUCGCGCAGGCAAUUGUCGGCUCCAGGCAUGGAACUGCCAUGAAGUGGAGAAAACUGGAGAAAUCCGCGGCAUGUGGUACAUCACAGGGCCGAAGUUGGCGCAGCGCGCGGCCCGACAUGCAUGGCUAGGUGACGGCAAAGAGGAGACCAUUCCGGAUGCGUACGCGCGGGCUGGUGAUGAACGCUACCCCCGGGACGUACAGGACUUCCUGAAGCUUCUGCGCCGAAAGUGUGGCACCGUCGUUCGGGCAUGGCGAGUGGCUUUGGAUAAAGACGGAGGCAGCGAACUGGAGUUUUGCGAGUUUGUCAGCGCCGUGCGUCAGAUGGGUUCCGCCGCGGGACAAAAUGCACGAAGCCUGUGGUUCAACUUAGAUGUGGACCAGAGUGGCACGCUGAGUCUUUAUGACUUGGAUCCGGUUGCCGCGCACGCGUUGGACAAGUUUCGCUACCUGUGCUAUGGCUCCAUCAAUGGGGCUUUUGAGCAGCUACUCGAUACGAAGAAGUCCGGCGUGGUGACCCUCGGAAACUUCGUCGAAGCCGUCAGGGAGCUGGGAUAUGAGCCAGCUGUGGCCGAGGAGCUUUUCAACUGGCUCCGCGCGCGGCCCGGCACCCUCUUCCUCCGAAAGAGCGACCUUGACUUUCUCCAGAAGUGGGAGGAUUCCAAGCGCUACAAGAAAGAGAAGGCCGGCACCUUGCAUGUGGGCUGGAUCAACCGAGAUCCUACUGCUGCUGUUGAGUACAAGAAGAUGGCAGAUAGACUGGCAGACAAGUGCGGGCAACGUCGGACCUCGGAGACCCCGUUCACGGCCACAGCCAACGCUAUCGCCAAGGCUGCCAGCAAAACCCAAGAUGACUCGCCGAUCGACCUGGCCGCGGCACCCGAGCCCGAGCCUGCGUCGCCCACAUCGCCCGAGGCUUGCGCGAAAAGUCCGCAAACGCCGCGGAGCGCAGGCAAGGUCGGCAGGGCCGCACGAGUGGAGGCUCCUGCCACAGCCGCGGCCAUCGGCAGCGCACAGGAGACCGUGGGGUGCUACGCGAUGAGACUGGCCUCGGACAACGAGAACAGCUGCACCAAGUUCUUGAAGUACCUUCUGGAUCGCUUCGGGUCGCUUGCGGCUGCCUGGGAUGCAAUGGAGCCCGCCGAGGUCGGCGAAAUACGCAAGAGCGACUUCGAGUUCGUGGUGUGCUUUAAGCUUGGAUACUGCAGGAACACAGAUGCCCGCCGUCUCUUUGAAGCCUUGCCCAAGAAGGAUAGGCACCGCCUGACCUGGCGCGACCUGGGCCUGAAGACAGAUGACUGGCUUGCAUUCCUCACCAAGAAGAAGUGGCAGAAGUCGCUGCGAAUGGUGGAGGAGAUAAAGAAGUCCGACGGAGAUGGGGCCCGGCUAGCGCUGGAGCGACACUACCAUCGAGCCAAACUGCACGGCCACCAACUACAGCUCGAGUUUGGUGAAACACCGCUGCCGCGCAACCAGGAUGACGACUUGCCGAACUGGUGCCGCCCAAGGACGGCUCGAACUCGGCGUCAACACGUAAUCGGCACUGCAGCUGCCACCUGA